CAUACCAUAUUUCAUGUCUGUUACUCAUUUCUUCUCAUCUUCUUUUUCUUCCCUUUAAAAUUAUUAUUCCGUGCAAACACAACAACAACUUCAUCACCAACACGAAGAACAAGAUUAGCGUUAUGGGUCUCUUCCUUUCUAGGAAUUUGGCUUGCAAAUUCAUAUACCCUUUUCUUUUUUCCAAUAAGGUUUCAAAGGAUUUGUUCCCCAAGCAGUUGGAGAACAUGAUGUCUCUGGUCUCUCCUCGUACUGGCAGGCAUUUGCAGCGCUAUGACAAAGGCUGUCGCCAAGUUGUGGGAUGCAUUCCUUACAGAUACAAGAACAAUGGAACACAGGAUAAGGAAUUAGAGGUUCUUGUGAUUAGUGCUCAGAAGGGUCAUGGAAUGCAGUUCCCAAAGGGUGGUUGGGAAACUGAUGAAUCCAUGGAACAAGCUGCUUUAAGGGAAACCAUAGAAGAAGCUGGGGUUGUUGGCAGUGUUGAAGGUAAAUUGGGAAAAUGGUAUUACAAGAGCAAACGCCAACCCAUAAUGCAUGAGGGAUACAUGUUCCCUUUGCUUGUUAAGAAGGAAUUGGAUAACUGGCCAGAGAUGAACACAAGAAAACGAAGAUGGAUGACUGUGGAUGAGGCAAAAGAAAUAUGCCCUUAUGCUUGGAUGAAGGAGGCUUUGGAUGAAUUGGUCAGAAGACAAACUCAACUGCAUUCCAAAAAGGAUGGGGAUAUGAGUAGGUUGUAAAAAAAAAAUUGUAUAGCGUGUUUGGUUCCAAGUCACAGACGUGAUUUUUACACGCUUAGUCAGAAACUAAUAGUUAUAGUUUUCACAUCCUAAAUGCGAUUUCUUACUUCUCAAAAAAUUUCCAAAAAUGCACUUGGUCUCUUGCUUUUGGAAUCUACAAAGUGGUAGAACAGAAGCACUCACGCGGUGUUGUUAGGGCAGAGAAAUUAGGACAAGUCAUGAAGAGGAGGGAAAGUGCAGUUCAAGGGGUGUGCUCACAAUUUGUUCCUCUCUUCAAAUUGGCUAUAGUUUGAAAGUUCUGCAGCAGAUCUAGUCAUAGAAAUCAGUUGUAGAUUGUAGAAAUCAAUUCAUUCUUUCAUUCAUUUGAUUCUUUUGUACUGUAAUGUAAUGUAUGUAGGCCAUGUGUAGAAUACAUUAUUCUUCGGGUACCCAAAAAAUCAUAAAAAAAUCUUCCAUUUUGUGACUGAAAACUAGUA